AUUAGAGCCGCACUUGGUGUCGGCGUCCUCCAAUGGAGCUUCGAGGAGCUGCGUCCUCUCUCUUUCUCUCUCCCUAACUCACGCUCUCCUCUAUCCACAGACACGCGCGCACGCAAACAGAGCGAGUGUGCGCUCCCCAUCCUUACAGCUCCUCUGUGUGCCUAAUACACCGGAAAAUCAAAGCCCGAGCCUCCUCUGUUCACACACCGGCUGCGUUACGCACAGGCAAAACUGGGAGACGCGCCUCUUUUUCUCCUUUACUGUUCAUUUUCCCUCCAAAGUUGUGCGCACACAGACGUGACGUGACAGUCCUGCAUCUGAUGAUUUUGUUUGAUUUUUUUCUUUUUUCAAACUCUGCCGGCUGUCCGCUGCGCUUCUUCCAAAGCCAAAUAUGUCUGGAUGAGGUGAUUUUACGCACGCUUCUGACAUGGAUCACAGACUCUCCAGACGCAGCUGGCUGCCGGUGACAAGUCUGGUUAUAUGCCUGCUGCUCUGCGCUUGUGUGGUGGACUUGGUUCUGGCACAAAUACGCUACUCCAUUCCAGAGGAGCUGGAACACGGAGCCUUUGUGGGAAACAUUGCAGAGGACCUGGGUCUGGAUGUUGCCAAACUGUCAGCCCGUCGAUUUCGAAUAGUUUCUGGCGCAAAGAAGCAGUAUUUAGAGGUGAACUUGGAAAAUGGCAUUCUCUUCGUCAACGAAAAGAUAGACAGAGAGGAGCUCUGCGAACGAAGUCCGAGCUGUUUUCUGCACUUACAAGUGGUGAUUGAAAACCCACUAGAGCUGUACAGAGUGGAAGUGGAAAUUUUAGAUGUGAACGACAACUCUCCAACUUUUCCGUGGAGUGAGUUCAACCUGGACAUCACGGAGUCCGCUUCCCCCGGUUCACGUUUCCCGUUAGAGAGCGCGCAGGAUCAGGAUGUGGGCACCAACUCUCUGCGUUCUUACCAGCUCAGCGCAAACCAGCACUUCGUGUUGAACAUCCAGACGCGCAAUGACGGGAGCAAGUUUGCCGAGCUCGUGCUGGACACACCGUUGGACCGAGAGCAGCAGAAACGGCACGAGAUGGUUCUCACUGCCUUGGAUGGAGGUUCGCCGGAGCGCUCAGGGACUGCGCUGAUAACGGUCACAGUGUUAGACGCAAAUGACAACGUGCCCAUGUUUGACCGCUCAGUUUACCGAGCAAGCCUGGUGGAAAACGCACCGAGAGGGACGCUGGUACUGAAAUUAAACGCAACAGACCUGGAUGAGGGCACGAACGGGGAGGUCACUUAUGCGUUUAGUGGACACGCGCCGCUCAAGGUGCGCGAACUGUUCAGCGUGGACCCGUACAUGGGUGAAAUCCGAGUCAGAGGCGUUGUGGACUACGAAAAAGCCAGCGUGUAUGAGCUUUACGUGCAGGCAAAAGACAGGGGGCCAUCCGCUGUGGCGGUGCACAGUAAAGUGCUGGUGGACAUCCUGGAUGUUAAUGACAACGCCCCCGAAGUCAUCCUCACAUCAGUCUCCACACCUGUGCAGGAAGACGCGCCGCCGGGUACGGUGAUAGCCGUGAUUAGCGUCAUGGACCGAGACUCGGGGGAGAAUGGGAACGUGGACUGCCAGAUCCCCAGCAAUGUCCCCUUUCAGCUCCAUUCGUCUUUCAAAAACUAUUACACUUUAGUUACGAGCGAGUUUCUGGACAGAGAAGCUACGUCUGAGUACAAUGUGACCCUCACAGCUCGGGAUCUGGGCUCCCCUUCUUUGUCCACCAGGAAAACAAUCCUGGUUCAAGUGUCUGACAUCAACGACAAUCCCCCGCGGUUCUCUCAGCCUUCAUACACAGUUUAUGUGACCGAGAAUAACGCCCCGGGCGCUUCCAUUUGCUCCGUUAAUGCAUUCGACCCCGAUUCCAACCAGAACGCAUAUCUUUCCUAUUCUAUUCUGGAGGGUCAGAUCCAGGGCAUGCCAGUGUCCACUUAUGUCUCCAUCAAUUCAGACAACGGCAACAUCUACGCUCUGCGCUCCUUUGAUUACGAGCAGCUGAGAAACUUUCAGAUUCUAGUGCAGGCGCAGGACGCUGGUUUCCCCCCUCUGGCCAGCAAUGUCACAGUUAACGUCUUUGUCUUGGACCAGAACGAUAACGCACCUGUGAUCGUUUCCCCUUUACCCAAAAACGGCACGGUGGCCUCAGAGGUGGUUCCGCGCUCAGUGGACGCGGGAUACCUGGUGACUCAAAUAACCGCUUUAGACGCAGAUGCGGGGCAGAACUCCCGCCUGUCCUACCAGGUGCUCCAGGCGACAGACCCGGGGCUGUUCAGUGUGGCUUUGUACACAGGGGAAAUCAGAACUAUACGCCGAUUAGUAGAAAGAGACGCAACAAGGCAGAGGCUGGUCAUUUUAGUCAAAGACAACGGGCAGCCGCCGCUCUCAGCCACCGUUUCCAUUGUCCUCACGGUGGUAGACAGCGUCCCUGAGUCGCUGUCAGAUUUCGGAGACCUCACGCUCAGUCCACAGCCCCCCUCAAACGUUGCUCUCUACUUGAUCGUGUCACUGAGCACGAUAUCCCUUAUAUUCCUGGUUGUCAUCAUCAUCCUGGCUGCGGUCAAGUGUUACAAGGACAGAGAGACCCACAGCGGCUACAACCUGCCUCCCUUCUCUUGCUGCUGCUGCGGGGGGUUUCAACCGGAGCCGCCCACGGAGGUGUUUAAAAAAUCCAACAUCAACCUGCAGAUUUCGUCCGCAGCCAAAGUGCCUCCAAACUGUAUGGAGGUGAAUGGAAAUAGCAGUGUGUCUCAGUCAUAUUGUUAUAAAGUGUGUCUGACCCCCGAAUCAGCCAAAAGUGACUUUAUGUUUCUGAAGCCGUGCAGCCCGAGCAGCACGCCGAGGAACAACGAGGCGAAGAGCGCGGAAAACUCGUGGAACGCGCACAACCGGAGCGCAUCCGUGAACAACGGAGCCACAACUCCCAGCGAGCUGAAGCAGCCAAACACAGACUGGACUCUCACAAAGAAUCAGAAUUCAUCCAUCAAAAGUUACAACUCCAUUAACAUGGAUGGCACCCUCAUGCGCAAGGCCAUGCAUGCAGACCCUGACAACUAUGUGACUUCCAUGGCACCUGGCCAGUACUGGACCUGGGGUACUCAUAUGAAAAGCAUGAAAGAGUAUAAGAUGUCACCCUCACCAACUGGAAUCUCCUCUCGCCCCUGGACUCCUCGAUGCACACCCCCUCCACAGCAGCAGCAGCCGCCCAUCCCCCCCCAUCCGCACCCACCACCCGACUACCACCACAAUGUGUACAUUCCCGGCACUCCAUCAGGCUUUUGCACUCUCCGGCCCGCCGUGCAGAGAAGCGAGCUGGACGUUCACAACUCCUUCUCCACAUUCGGGAAGAAGCGGCGUCUUCAGAUGUCCCCCCAGGGCGAGGCUGCGAUGAUAAAUAAUGACCUGUACAAUGACUGAGGUUCCAGCGACAGCCUGACUGGAUAAUCGCAGUGAUGGAUGACAUUGUGAAAACAGAGGGAGGCAUCAUUCAGUGCAUAAAUGAAUUACCAUAUGAUUUAGACCUACUAUGACAAAUGAAAAGGGGAUUAAGUGAGUGGACAAUCUAUUGUGGAGAAGUUUAAUCUGACAUGGCACCGUGUCAUUACCAAUGUAUAUGACUAGUAUUAUCACUGUUACUGUCAUUUAAACUGUUACUAUGAUUAUAUUAUUUAGACAAUCAAUACAGAACAGCAGGUCCACCCAAAUGUUUUUAAAACCAUGAAUUAUUUUGCACAUUUGUAUGAAUUCAUAUUUUGGUUAAACAAAUAAUAACUGUCUUUUGUUUUUGUAUGUAUGAUUGCUAACAAAGCUUCUGUAAAUAUGACAAAUAUCGUGUAAAUGUAUAUGCAAGCUGCAUUAUGAUGCAGACUAUACUGAAAUAACGGGGGGGCAUACCUCCUCACACGUACUGUAUACAUUUAUCAAAGUAAAGUAUUUUUUCCACCUUGU